AUGGCCAAAGGACGGGGACACUGGGAGUCCUGGCACUUCCCUGCCCCCUGGACGGAUAUUGAACAGUGUCGGGAGAUAAAGACACCCCUGAACCCCUGCGCCUUCUCAGUUCCCCCUGAGCGCCCCUUAUACCUUAUACUCGGCGAGGUCUGGUCCCUGGCGAACGGGGCGCUAGCCCUGGCCACUUCCUUACUCCCUCCCAAGCCCCUCUCCCCCUUCACUACUUGGCGACUCUUUCUAGAGCAGCUUCUUCCUGAGCUUACUGGAUUACUCAGUCUCCUGGAUCAUGAGCACCUGAGUGAAGCUACCUUGGAGAAGAAAAUAGCUGUCUCGGCCAUUCUGAAGAGUCUACAGCCUCUUCCAGGAAAGGAGAUAUCUUACAUGUAUAUGAACACAGCAGACUUGCACUCUGGACCAAGCUUUGUGGAGUCACUUUUUGAAGAAUUUGACUGUAACCUGAGUGACCUUCAGAACAUGCAUGAGGAUGAUUGUGAGACUUACAGAGACAGCUUGGAGCCAGCAACGGAGCAGUUCCUGAGAAAAACAUUGGAUCCUCCUCCACCACUUCCCACUAAUCCUCCCCCAGAAGAUGACUAUGAAGAAGCCCUUCCUCUGGGUCCAGGCAAAACACCUGAAUACAUCAGCUCUCAUAAUGGUUCUAGCCCACCUAACUCCAUCAUGGAUGGUUACUAUGAGGAUGCAGAAAGCAGCUACCCUGUGACCAGGAUUAAUGGGGAACAGAAGAGUUCCUAUAAUGAUUCAGAUGCCAUGAGCAGCUCUUAUGAAUCCUAUGAUGAUGAAGAAGAGGAUGGAAAGGGGCAGCAGUUAACCCACCAGUGGCCCUCAGAGGAAGCCUCCAUGCACCUGGUGAAAGACUGUAGAAUCUGUGCCUUCCUUCUACGGAAAAAGCGCUUUGGUCAAUGGGCCAAACAACUGACUCUUAUCAAGGACAACCAGCUGUUGUGUUACAAAAACUCCAAAGACCAUCAGCCCCACCUGAAGCUGGCAUUGGAUGUCUGUAAUGUCAUUUAUGUGCCCAGGGAUGGACGUCGCAAGAAGCAUGAGCUACGCUUCUCCCUGGGUGGUACAGAGACCCUGGUUCUGGCUGUACAGAGCAAGGAACAGGCUGAAGAGUGGUUGAAGGUUAUCAAAGAGGUGAGCAAGUCUAGUGGUGGAACAGAUGGGACAGAGAUACCCAAAUCUCCAGUUUUCCAGUGCAAACUAGAUCUGGAUAAGAGAUUAUCCCCAGACAAGCAAACAUCAGACUCAGACAGCAUUGGCACAGGAGAAAGCUGUUCAACCAAUAGUCAUCGAACAUCUGGGGACUCUGGGAGAGGGAAGAAGAGUAGCCUGGCUGAGCUGAAGGGCUCUGUCAGUCGCGCCGCUGGCCGGAAGAUCAACCGCAUCAUUAGUUUCUCCAAGAAGAAGUCACUGACCGAAGAUGCCCAGAUGUCCCUAGCAGAUGAGGGGGUCCCAUGCUGUGGUUAUUUGAAUGUAUUGGGGAACCAGUGCUGGAAGGAACGUUGGUGUCGUCUCAAAGGCAACACAUUAUAUUUCCACAAGGAUCAUACAGACCUUCGGACUCAUGUGAAUGCAAUUGUCCUUCAGGGCUGUGAGGUUGUGCCAGGUUUUGGCCCCAAACACCCAUUUGCUUUCCGGAUCCUCCGUGGCCGCCAGGAGGUCUCAAUCUUGGAGGCAAGCUGCUCUGAAGAUAUGGGCCGCUGGUUGGGGCUGUUGCUGGCUGAGACAGGCUCCAGAGUUCCUCCGGAGGCCCUGCACUAUGACUAUGUAGAUGUGGAGACGAUAGCCAGCAUUGUUAGUGCUGGACGACACUCCUUUUUAUUUGCAAGUUCCUGUCAGGGCCAAUGGCCUGAGCCUAGGGUCUAUGAUGAGGUGCCCUAUGAGAAGAUGCAGGAUGAUGAGCCUAAGCGUCCUUCUGGAGCCCAAGUGAAGCGACAUGCCUCUUCCUGCAGUGAGAAAUCACUCCGAGUAGACCCACAAGUCAAAAUCAAGCGCCAUGCUUCUAGUGCCAAUCAAUAUCGGUAUGGAAAGAACCGGGCUGAGGAAGAUGCCCGCAGGUACCUGGUGGAAAAGGAGAAACUGGAGACCGAGAAGGGUUUGAUCCGGAAUGAGCUAAUGACCCUACGAAAAGAGAAGAGAAUGCUAAAGGAGGCCAUAAAGAACAGUGAAGGGACGAAAUUAAAGGAUCUAGAAGAGAAGGUAGUGAUGCUAGAGGCCCAGUGCCGGGAAAAGGAGGAGAGGCGGAUUGAUCUAGAGCUGAAGCUUGUGGCCGUGAAGGAGAGUCUGAAGCAGUCCUUGGCUGGAGGACCAGCUCUUGGACUUGCUGUGACCAGCCAAAGCAAGACUGUGGAAUCAGCAAAUAAGUCUCCCAACCUAGAACACCCACCUCCUGUCAAUUGUACAGCUGAACUGAGAAAGAGGAGCCCAUCUAUCAAUGCUUCCAGCAAAGGGAAAGUGCUCCAGAAAGCCAAGGAAUGGGAAAUGAAGAAGACCUAAGAGGAACAUGAGGAAUAUAUUCUCUGGGGAGCUACCAGCUUCUCCAGUCCAAC